AUUCAUCUCGAAAAUACGCUCUAGACAAAAUGGCUGUUCCUGAUUAUAUGUAGCCGAGAAGAUUCUAGUUUUUUUCUGACGCAGAAGAGGGAUAUUUGUUUAGACUUUGGGACUUACGUGUGGCUAUUUACAUGUGCUGUGUGGAUCGAUAGACUGACAGCAGGGCGACACAAGGCCGCGGCAUAUCAACGAGGGAACUGCAUAUUGAUAAUGUACAUUAAUGUUUAUGAUGACAGGAACAGGAAGUGACGCCAUAUAUCUGUGUUGUUUGAGCUUUAACGUAUGAUGCCUCGAUGUCGAACUGAUCCCUGACUUCCCUAUCCAGAACACGUGAUAGACAUGUGGGCAAAGGCGGAAAUGCACUCCAUGUCCGGCUUGGUCAUCUGGAUUCUGUUAUCUUUAGCAAAAGAAGCGGACACCAUUGGCUGUUUCCAGUGUACUUCCAUCAACAAGGAAAACAACGCAUGUGAGGACACUUUCAAUAACACAGACGAUAAAUACUAUAUCUCCGAAUGUUGGGCAAGUCGUAAAGGGCGCCACGGUCUCUUUCCCGCCACCGAGUGCAUAAAAAUGAUUGCUUACGAUGAUUCCACUGGCUUUUCACUCGUGGUACGUGACUGUGUGGUAGACAAUGGCGGUACAAACUCAGAGACAGAGAUCGGUCGUCAGAGUCACUGUGGAUGGAUGCGGGAGAUACAGUACGACGAAAAGAGAAUGAAGGGGUGCAUAUUAAGCUGUAACUCCGACGGAUGUAAUGGAGCGUCCGGGCUCAGCACUUUAAAUGUGCAGACACUUGUCACAUUGGUGCUUGUAACUAUCACGGCGAGACGGAGUCUCUUUUUCAUCAGCUGAUAGAUGCUGGGAUUUCGUUAUGUUUAUGUGUUCUCAAGAACAUUCAAGAGCAUUUGGCGACGAAUCUGAAUACUAGAUAUUCUGAUCCUAAAGUUUCCAGUAUGUGCAAUUAAAGUGGGUUGAUAUGUCCAUUAUUUAAAAAAAUGUAUUUAAACGUGAUAGUCUGAAGAAAAACUUACGAGACGUAGCUCAUACGAAUCACCUAUGAUUCUUGCCUGUGCAGUCCUAUCUAUAGACAAGUGGUUGUAUCAGUGUUUUAACCAAUGAUACUAAGGACUGAUACAUCGUAAAUCUACCAGGUGAUAGAAAUAUUGGUGUGGCAUAACAUCUAUACACCAGAUAUUAGCACCACUGCUUCACACAGUAGAAUCGCAUUAAGAUGCAGAUUUGUUUUAUACAUUCUAGGAUUGUUCAUUAAUCAGAACUAUCUACAUAUUUAUAGUCUAAUCUAUUAGCCUUAAUUACUCAUCUACUAACAAUAUGAAUUUUUAGAUUUCAUUCAUUUUGUAUUAUUUAUAAAUAUCAUCUGUUGUUUUACAAACUAGAUCUAUCAUCAGGCUCCUAUUGUGAUAACAUUAACAAUGUAACACAUGUCAUAUAUAGCUGGAAACGUUGUGUCCGUCUCUGUAAAUAGCCAGCGUUGAAAUGUCUGCUGAUCGUGUUACAAAUGUCAUAUAGAACAGCUUUACAUAACAUUUUACCGCAUCUGUUUCCUUUUCAUGAAAUGCACAUGUUAACUUUCACUAUAUCGUAUAUGCAUUAUUAAUUCCUUGUCUUUUGUUGCCUUGUCAUUGAGUCUGUAUACUCGUAAUUCUUUGUAACUUAGAUAUAAUUGAACGUUCCAAUGAGCUAAUUAGACAUACACAGGUUAUUAUUGAUCAGGUUAUGCAACCUAUAUGUACGCAUAUAAAAGAGUUCACAUCUCACAAAUGAAAUAUGUCAAACAUUGGCAUACAAUUACGCGCUUAUACAAUAAGCGAUAAGAAAUAUCUUAGAAGAAAUAGGAUGUAGAUAUAAGUUUACGUUGGAAAGUGAAUUGUUUUCUAAGUCAUGAUGCUGAUAUUAAAUCAUUAAUGACAAUAUUGAUGAUACUGAGGGUAUAUAUUAUAUAUUUAUAGAUACACCAGCCUGUCAGCCAGUAUGUUAUAGAAAUAACUUUGUAAUACACUAAGGUACAAAUCGCACCUUUGUUUGUAAUUAUCACCUAAGAUAGGGGAUGGAGUUUAUAAUAGUGGUUUUGAAAACGUGCUACAGCAAACAUUGGAUACUAGCAUUAUUAUAUAUUUUUAUCGCAUUCAUGAAUACAUUUCUUGAUAACUAAUGUAUACAACGUUACAUUUAGUUCGAUAAAUGUUAUACGAUUGAUGGUUUAUUAAAUAUUUGAAACUAAAUUCGUAUUUAGGAAAAUUCUCAAAUAGAAACAAAACUCUGGCAUAAAAAUCAGUAUAUCACUCGAUUUCUGCAAACCUUAUCCCUAUAGCUUCAUUAGUAAGAUGCUGUCUCCGCUGUUGUCCCGAUCAGAUCUAGAACUUUACAAGACCAUGCCAGGAAAUACUACUGUUUUCAUAUUUUGAUUGCUAUUUUUAUUCUUGCCAGUAGAUGUCAAUUAAACAUAAAACUAUUUUAUAUACAGGCUUUAGAAUUCUUCCUUUGUAUAUAGUUUUAAAGAUGUGGUUCUUUGUUUAGCAUUUCUGUAAGUUUUAGUUAACGAUAGCCCAAAUUCCUUGUUAGGAUGUUGUGAAUUAGAUAUUCCUGUACUUCAUCGUUAUUUCAUUAGAACAAAGACUAUUUUUCUUUUACAAGAAACAGUUGUUGUGGUUGCAAUGGAUACUAGAAUAUGUAUUUUAGUUAGUAUAAUUAAUAUGUUAAGGAAAAUUCGGUAAUACAUGUUUUUGUUAAAUAAAAUUCAAACUAAG